ACGGACCGGUAGUGUCGGGCGAAAGCAUGUGUGCUGUUUAUGUUAAGUAACACAUGUGUGUGUUAGUGAGAGAGCUGUUUUUAGAGCAACUGAUAAUUUCAUAUAUUUAUUCAUAUAUCUAUGUUUAAACACAAUUAUGAGAAUAAGGAUUGAGUAAAAAACCUUUAAAAUGCAAGUGUCAAGUGUAAACGAUGUAAAGAUUUACAAUCUCAGUUGUGGAAAAUCAUUGCCAGAGUGGCUUUCAGACAGAAAGAAAAGAGCAUUACUAAAGAAAGAUGUUGGUAUUCAAAGGAGAAUCGAACUUAUCCAAGAUUUUAGCAUGCCCACUGUCAGCACAUCCAUAAAAGUAUCAAGGGAUGGACAGUAUAUCUUGGCAGCCGGUACAUAUAAACCUCGAGUUCGUUGUUAUGAUACAUGCCAGUUAUCUUUGAAGUUUGAACGAUGUCUUGAUUCAGAAGUUGUUGCUUUUGAAAUAUUAUCAGAUGAUUACUCUAAGCUUGUCUUCUUGCACUGUGAUCGUUAUGUUGAAUUUCAUUCACAACAUGGUUUUUACUACAAGACACGUAUUCCAAAGUUUGGUAGAGAUUUUUCAUAUCACUACCCAUCAUGUGAUUUAUACUUUGUCGGUGCAAGUUCAGAAGUGUUCAGACUCAAUUUGGAACAAGGAAGAUUUUUGAAUUCUUUACAAACAGAUUCUGUGGAAAGCUGUGCUUGUGAUAUCAAUCCAGUUCAUUAUCUGUUUUCUCAUGGGACGAUAGAGGGAAAAGUGGAAUGCUGGGACCCACGAACAAGAAAUCGAGUGGGUGUACUUGAUUGUGCAUUAGACAGUGUUACGGACAACACAGAGGUGGAAGGUUUACCUUCUGUCUCUGCACUGAGGUUUAAAGAUGCAUUGCAUAUGGCUGUUGGAACAAGCACUGGGCAGAUUCUGCUUUAUGAUCUGCGUGCAAAUAGACCUCUGAUUGUCAAGGAUCAUCACUAUGGACUUCCUAUUAAAACCAUUCAGUUCCAGGAUAACUUGGAUUUAGUUUUAUCUGCAGAUUCUAAAAUUAUAAAAAUGUGGAACAAAGAAACGGGAAAAAUAUUUUCUACGAUUGAACCCGAGCAUGAUAUAAAUGAUAUCUGCUUAUAUCCUAAUUCAGGAAUGUUAUUCACUGCUAAUGAGGAUCCCAAAAUGAAUACAUUUUAUAUUCCAGCUCUUGGUCCUGCUCCACGUUGGUGCGCCUUUUUAGACAGUCUCACAGAAGAACUUGAGGAAAAUCCUGAGACUACAGUAUAUGAUGACUAUAAGUUUGUUACCAGGAAAGAUCUUGAAAAUUUAGGGCUUGUACAUCUAAUUGGAUCCCCUUUGUUGCGAGCUUAUAUGCAUGGCUUCUUCAUGGAUAUUCGAUUGUACCAUAAGGUGAAAACAUUGGUAAAUCCAUUUGCUUAUGAGGAAUACCGUAAAGAUAAAAUUCGUCAAAAGAUUGAAGAAACAAGGGCACAGAGAGUUCAAAUAAAGAAACUACCAAAGGUAAAUAAGGAGCUGGCUAUGAAACUUAUUGAUGAUGAUGAGGACCAACAGAUGAUAAGAAAAAAGAAAGGAAAGAAUCUGCCUAGUAUUCUCAAAGAUGAUCGAUUCAAAGUCAUGUUUGAAAACCCUGAUUACCAAGUGGAUGAGGCCAGUGAGGAGUUUAGAUUGUUAAAUCCAAUUGUGUCAAAGGUGAAUGAGAAGAGGAAAAAGAAACUGAGGAAAAUGGAGCAGGAAGCUGCUAUGGAAGAGGUAGAUGAUGAGGAGCCAGAAGGAAAACCAAGUGAUGCAGAAACCUCUGACAGCUCAGAUGAUGACAAAGGCUGGGUAGAGGAAGUGCGAAAGCAACGAAAGCUCUUAUAUUUAGAAGCACAGGCUAAGCGGAAAGAGCAAAAGAAGCAAGAUCGGGAAACCAAGCUUGAGCCACAGUUCUUUGAGAUAAAAACUGGAGAGGAAUUCCGCAGCUUUAAAGAUGCAAGCAGAAAGCAGAGAUUGCAAAAGACAACUCUAGAAGAUCGUCUAAAGCUGGAUGAGAAAUCAGGAAUGUUAAAUGUUUCAGAUACAACUGUUGGAAGCAAGCAGCUGACAUUCAGUUUGAAAAAGUCUGAUCAGCAACAAAAGCAACUUGAUGCAGAGCGACAGCACCAGCUGGAGAGAAAGAAACUGAGACGUGCUGCUGGCCAUUUACAAAGCAAACCUUUCAGAGGCAGAGGCAGAGGCAGAGGCAGAAGACCAUUUUAAAUCAAACCACAUAUAAACAGUUAAGAGGGGCACUGCAGCCCUCACAGAAAAUCCACAUGCUUUUGGCAGGAGAUAUGUGAAGGAAUUGUCAUUUUAAACUGCUGAAAGUUCUUCAUUUCAAGUUACUAGUAGACCUUGAAAAUAAGUAGACACAACAGCUAUGUUUGGAUCUCUUUAGUGAUCCUGGUAAUUUUCAGAGAAUAAUUGUAUUAAUAAAUAAAUACAGGUUUUUUUUAAAAAAA